AUGCGAUCAUUGCAUGAUCAAGAGUUUGCAGAAUUUCUUAUGCGCAUUGGUGAUGGUGUUGAACCUACCAAACCAGAUGACAUGGUGAGGUUACCUUUACAUAUUGCAAUCCCAUGGGAAGGUGAACAUUCCAUACAAGUACUUAUCCAACAUAUUUUUCCUAAUUUAGAAUUCCAUGGUUGGGAUGCUCCAUAUAUGGUACAAAGAGCUAUUUUGACACCAACAAAUGAUGAUGUCCAGAAAUUGAAUGAUAUGAUUAUCGAUCAGUUUCCAGGAGAAGAACAUGAUUUGUUAUUGUUUGACGAGGUUGAAGGAGAUAAUCAUAAUUUAUACCAGCAAGAAUUCUUAAACUCAAUUGCACAAGGUAGUUUGCCACCACAUAUUCUAAAGAUAAAAAAGGGGAAUAUGUUAGAUGUGGAAAUCUUGACAGGAAGCAACGCAGGAAAAUGUGCUUUUUUGCCUAGAAUUAAAAUAAAAACAACUGCAAGUGAUGGACUGCCUUUUGUCCUUAGUAGAAAGCAGUUUCCUGUGCGACUAAGUUUUGCAAUUACAAUAAAUAAAUCACAAGGACAAAUCAUUCCAAAUGUUGAAAUAUAUCUUCCACGACAUGUUUUUAGUCAUGGACAGUUAUAUGUGGCUUUAUCCAGGGGUGUUUCAUAUACUACAACAAGAGUUUUAACCAGGGAAGGAAAAUUGAAAGGAGAAGAUGGUGAAAGCACAAAAAAUGUAGUCUACAAACAAAUUCUUUUAUCGCACCCGCAGUUUUUUAAAUCUCAAGAGCGCAUUGAUAAAGGGAUGUAUGAAGAAUUGAUUCGAAUCUUUAUAAGUUGCAGGAAAAAAGAAAAUACUUCGAAUAGAGAUUUCAUGUUCGACAUUCCUCUUAAAGAACAUCAUUGA